ACUAACUCCAUUACCACCUCCCUCCCUUCUUGCAUUGGAGUAGCAGCAAAGCAAGCUGAACAAGCUGUCCCUCCCGGGAAAAACACACAGGAGCUGAGGUGCAAGAUGUCUGCUUGAUUGCCUCCUGCUUCACUUCACUGCUUCUCUUCCUUCUCCCUCUCCUCUCUGCAAUCUUCUUGUAUUUUUCUCCCUAGCUCUCCUGCAUCAGCAUCAGUUCUUGCCUGUGGCUAAGGAUCUUUUGAUCUUCAAAGGGAGAGAAAAGGAUCUUGCCUGAGCUUCAGUUUCUUGUGCUGCCUCCUCCUCUGUGUUUGUGUGAUCCAAUUUCCAACUUGGAGGAGUUCUUGGUUUCCUGGCAUUGUGCUUUCUUGGACCCAGAGCUUGACAAGAUUGGGUCAAUAGUUUGCCAAUCUAGAGAGAGAGAGAGAAUACUUGGUUUCUUGGCAAGGGGGACACCAGGGCAUAGAUCUUUGUAGUUAAUAGUUGCUCUUGCCCUCUGGACUGAGGAGUAAAUAGUUGUGUGCCAGUGGUCUCUUGCUUCAUCUUGGUCUUGUGGUUCUGAUUUUCUGGUGAUUGUUGGAGACUUGGAGGAGUAAAGUAAAGGGUGAAAAAAAGAAGGGAAAUAAGAAGAAAAAAAGGUGACAGAUUGAGGUUGUUCUUAGUGUGUCAAGAUGAAGUAUAUGAAGCUUGGAUCAAAGCCAGAUGUGUUUCAGACAGAGGGAAACAAUAUCAGGUUUGUCGCAACUGAGUUGGCAACGGACAUCGUAAUCAUUGUAGGGGAAGUGAAGUUUUAUCUUCACAAGUUCCCUCUUUUGUCGAAGAGUUCGCGAUUGCAAACAUUGGUGGCAUCGACAAACGAAGAGAGCAACGACGAAAUAGACAUCUCCGACAUCCCGGGGGGACCUGCAGCAUUCGAGAUCUGUGCCAAGUUCUGCUAUGGCAUGAUCGUCACCCUCAACGCGUACAACGUCCUCGCAGCCCGCUGCGCAGCCGAGUAUCUUGAGAUGUUCGAGACGAUCGACAAGGGGAACCUCAUCUACAAGAUCGAUGUGUUCCUGUCCUCAAGCAUAUUCAGAACCUGGAAGGACUCCAUCAUCGUUCUUCAGACAACCAAGUCACUGCUGCCAUGGUCGGAGAACCUCAAGGUGAUCAACCACUGCGUCGAUUCGAUCGCGACGAAGGCCUCCAUCGAUCCGUCAGAGGUUGAGUGGUCAUACACCUACAACAGGAGGAAGCUACCGUCGGAGAACGGCCUCGACUCGCACUGGAACGGCGUAAGGAAGCAGCAGAUGGUGCCCAGAGACUGGUGGGUAGAGGAUCUCUGUGACCUUGAGAUGUGCCUGUACAAGAAGGUCAUCAUGGCCAUCAAGGCCAAGGGGAGAAUCAGCAGUGAGGUGAUUGGUGAGGCACUGAGGGCUUAUGCUCACAGGAGGCUGUUCAGCUCACUGGAAAGUGCUGUCAGCAAUGGGCUUGACUGCACAAGGCACUCUGCAGCUCUUGAGACCAUCAUCUCCCUGCUUCCAUCUGAGGAAGGUUCAGUCCCAUGCUCUUUCCUCCUUAAGCUUCUCAGAGCCUCAUGCUUGUUGGGAUCAGAUGAGGCGUGCCGCGACAAUCUUACGAAGAGGAUCGGCGCGAAGCUGGAUGAGGCUUCGGUCUCGGACCUCCUUAUCCCCGCUAACUCCGACGAGGCCGCCAUGUACAAUGUGGACAUGAUCUCGGCGAUGCUGGAGGAGUUCAUGGCGCAGCACCGCGAGGACGAUGAUGGCGCCAAGCUACAAGAGGAUGAUGAUCAGGAAGCCAUGGAUGGUGAUGAUGACAACCUGAAUGGUGUCUCCCGCAGCUCGAAGCUCGCGAUCGCGAAGCUGGUUGAUGGGUAUCUGGCUGAGAUUGCGAAGGACCCCAACCUCCCACUCUCGAAGUUCAUCGCCCUCACUGAGAUGGUUCCCCUCGCAACUCGGCCCGUGCACGACGGGCUAUACCGCGCCAUCGACAUGUAUCUCAAGGAGCAUCCGGGUUUAACGAAGGGGGAGAAGAAGAGGCUGUGCGGGCUGAUGGACUGCAAGAAGCUGUCGCCGGAGGCGAGCAUGCACGCCGUGCAGAACGAGCGCCUCCCGCUCCGCGUCGUCGUGCAGGUCCUCUUCUUCGAGCAGGUCCGGGCGGCGUCGUCGGCGUCGGCGGCGGCGGCCGCCGACAUGCCGCCGGCAGCGCGCUCCCUCCUCCCCAGGGAGCAGGACGGCAACUCGUACGGCAGCUCGAGGUCGACGGCGACCGAGGACGACCAGUGGGCGCCGCCGCCGACGACGACGUCCGUCGACGUCACCUCCUUCCGGUCGAUGAGCCUCGCCAACAACAAGAACGGCGGCGUCUCCGGCGGCGGCGGCGAUCAGGCCGCCUGCAAGAAGCCGCCGCCGUCGUCGGCGUCAGCGAAGGGGAGCGGCGGCGGCGGGCUGAUGCCGAAGAAGAUACUGAGCAAGCUGUGGUCUGGCAAGGCGAGCAGCGGCGAGAACAGCAGCUCCGACACGUCGGAGAGCCCCGGCGAGGAGACGAGGUCGACGCCGUCGCGGAACACGAGGCAUUCGGUGUCCUAGCUGACCAUCUCUCCUUCUUCUUCCUCCUCUCGCUCUUGGGAGAAGUACACGCUGUACGCGACGACGCCAUGGAUAUGGUCUACUCCCUCCGUCCAAAAAGUGAAUCUAGCUCUGUAUGUGACACAUUAUAGUACAACGAAUCUGGAUAGAAAUAUGUCUAGAUUCGUAGUACUAGGAUGUGUCGCAUCGAGUGUUGGUUUUUUAUGGGACGGAGGGAGUGGUAAUUACUGGCAAAAUCAUCAUCAUCUUCUGGUUAAUCUUGAGCCCUAACAGUUGAUCUACUUAGUGUGAUGGCUUGGUUAUUAUUAGGGAUAGGUUUUGUAAAAUUUUUGGUGGCAAUAUAAAGGAGAAUUAAUGUAUGUUUCAAAAUGGGGAAGAAUUGAAGUAGGUUUCAUCCGCCAAGUUGUGUACACACACACUUGCAUUUCCAUUGUACAGCUGUUAUUUAUAUCAUUGUUAUAUGUGUUUCCUAUACAAUCAAUUAUUCAACAGCGAAAAGAAAAAAAAACA